AUCUGUUUCCUUCCUGUGGUUGCAAGCCUUGCAGUCAGAUACAGAUGCCUGGGCUCAGAGGCAGCGAGUGGGGCUGAGAUUUCAGUCCUGCCUGGGGACUUCACACUAGAAUGGCCCUGCAGUCGCUGGCUUUGAGGUUUCUCCUGGCCCUUGCAUCUCUGCUGUCAGCACAUGGCCAGGAAGAACUUUUCAACAUCCAGGUAGUGCCUCAGGGAACAGAAAUGUGCCAAAGGCCCCUGUGGGACUCCAGACUCCAGCUGGCACCAGACCAGAAGAAUUACAAGAAGAAUGAAGAAGUGAUGCUGAGUUGUCCUGAAGGUUUCCAGCCAUCCUUCACCCAUGUCAAAUGUUCAAGCGAAGUCCAGUCUUUCACUCGUGGGAAACCUGUGUACAGAGAAAUCUGGAAUGGAAGAGACUCCAAAGGUGCCUGGGCCCGCAUUCGGUCCAGCGUAGAGUGCAUCGAAGUCCUCCAGGUUGUCCCCGGGACCUUUGAGAUUUCCAGCACCAGCAUCAAACUGAACUGGACCUGCAGGUUCCCUGAUGCCUGCCAGGGCAUGAGGGCCAUGUGCCGGCUGGCAGCGCCUUCCUCUCCUCCCUGUGAGGCUGAGGAGGUGAAUGGAGAGCAGAUGUUACAUGGCCAGGCAGGAACAUUCACCUGCUCUCCUUUGCAGCCCUUCACUGAGUAUAGUGUCACCAUCAGCCUGCCCCCCAAUGAAACCCUUUUCUCAUGGUUGUUCAUGACAGAGGAAACAGUGCCGGACAAACCAGAGGAGCUGUGGCUGGAUCCCAACAGGGGCUCUCUCAGGUGGAAGGCGCUGCCCUCCUGCAAAGGGGAGAUCAUCGGAUACCAGCUGAGCAUCACGGCCAGGAACGCCGGGGACAGCGGCGUGCUGGAGAUGGAGCGGCUGCGGCUCAAUGGCUCCGUCACCGAGCACCGGCUGCCGGAGCACAGCCCUGGCCGCAGCUACGCGGUGACGAUCCGGGGACUGACGGCUGCUGGAGCCGGGGCUGCGCUGGCGAGGGAGUUUCCCACCGGCAGCUCGGACACCCCGCACCCCCAGGGCAUCAGCUGCCGCAGCGUCCGCGACAUCGCCCCAUCCCAAGGGACGGCCGUGCUCCCCCUGCGCCCCAUCGCCCGUCCCUCUGAGGCAGCCAGGGAGCACCAGCUGAUCGUGGCCACGACGCACGACGGCUCGGUGACGGAGAGCAUCUGCGCGGGGCAGCCACAGCUCUUCAAUGGCAGCGUCUACCUGGCCGCUCUUCUCAACCUCACCGCCCCCACGGAUUUCGUGCUGGGCGACGGCAGCCGCGGGCAGGGCCACCACAACGCUGCCCUCCGCCCGGGCUGCGACUACACGGCCCUCCUGCGCCUCGUCCGCCUCUCGCCGCAGGCAGAGAAGUUCACCUGUGUCUGCUACAGCUUCUCUGUUGUUGCAGAGCAGACUGCAGGCUCGUGGCAUGGGAUUGUGAUUGGACUGGUUGUGCUUUUGGCAGUCCUCCUCGUGGCUGCCGUUAUCCUGUGGCUUGUGAUCUCCAGGAAAAGGAAGUAUUUGCCCAACAAAACUAAGGAGGGUAACUAAAAAGGUAAAGGGGGCUAGGCUGGAGGUCAGUCACUUCAGCCCCAGCCAGGACCGUGGGGACAUCCAGAGCAGUGAGUAAAUGGAGAAAAUGGGAAGGAUAACCCAGCCCAGUGCUGAUGGCUGCCAUGUCCCCUGGCUCUUCUGUGACUACCAGCAUGGGGGUCCCAUGCAAUUUAUCCAAUUCAGCAAGGCAAGAGAAAAACAGGAGGUCAAGAAGGGUUGAAUAUUUUCAAUCCUCAGCCCCUUCACCUCCCAGCUUUUGCUUACUGCUUUUGUAAGGCCUUUGAAUUUGGCCUUCUGUAGUCCUUUUUUUCAAGCUUUGCUUCUAUUUUUGCUUUCCUGGAAGCAGGACUUGUAUGCCAGAUUUCCCAAUCCCAGACCCACACAGGCUCAGGAUGAUGGCAUUCUCCUGCUGUGCUCUGGGUUUCCAACCCUUCUGCCCUCUCUGCUGAUAUUCAGCCAAGGCCUGGCUGGACUGCUUUGUGACUCUGCCUGUUUUGUCUGCACAACAAAUAAAGGCUUAUGGUUUGGAGGGGCUGCCUGUCCCACUCA